AUGUUGCAAACUGUGCAGAAGGCUUGCCCUUCCGGGUUCCUCACCAUAAUAGCGGGAAAUACCGAGCUCUGCCUACCAAUCGAUAAAUUUGACAUUUGGAUAUUGGUGGACGGCCAGAUGGAUGGAUGGAUCUCAUUCGAGAAUCUUAUGCAAGAGAAAGCCCAAGCUGAAAAGACCGAUAUUUUAGAGCCACUGGAAUCUUCUAUCUUAUUCACCAGUGGAACCAAUUCUCUUCCAAAGGGAUGCUUCAUUCAGACAUCCUCCUUUCCUUUCACGUCGGCGUUGGGGUGGAGCCAGGGUAGUCAGCCCAUUUUACCUGGAGACAAAUUUGCACACGUGCUGCCAAAUAAUCAUUCAUAUAGCUAUACGUGUCUUAUGUCCUACUUCAUGAACGGAGCCACCGUGGUGUUUCCGGGACCGACCUUUGUUCCCAGAACUUUGCUUCAGGCCAUCCAGAAAGAACAGUGUAGUCACGUUGCUCUUGUGCCAACAAUGGUGCUUGCUUUGAGUAUUGCUUUCACUGAAAAGAAGGUUGACUCAUUGCGCCGAGUUGUGCUGGCAGGGGCUCCACCAAAUGAAGAAAUCCUCAGGAUCUGUCUUGAACAGCUUGGUGCAUGCGGGGUACAGAAUGUUUAUGGAAUGACGGAAGGAAUCUUCGCCCAGACAGAUACCGUUAGCCACGCCAGCGACAUUCUUGCUGGAAAAGACAUCUCAAUUGGCAUGCCUUUUCCAAGUAUAAAGAUGAAGAUAUGUUUCGAGGGCAGGUGUGUCCCUCUCCCAGUGGGCACAGCUGGGGAAAUGCAUUUUUCUGGUCCAACUCUGAUUAAAGAGUAUAAAGGAAAAUCUGAUGAUGAGUUGUUCUAUUCUGGAGCGGAUGGUCGAAAGUGGUUUCGCACCGGAGACAAAGCGAUCAUGGGCAAGGAUAAUCGAUUAUACCUGAUUGGAAGAUAUAAGGACAUUAUCAUCCGAGGGGGCGAGAACAUCGACCCUUCCGCCAUUGAAGCCGUCUUGGGCCAAAUUCCAGAAUUUUGCGCUCUUGAGCCCCAGGUUGUGAGGUAUCCACAUCCUAUUGCUGGUGAAGUUACGAUUGUGGUUGUGAAAAGCGAGGUCAACAAGGAAACGGCACGUCAGAUCAAAGACAUGAUCCGGGCAGAAAUGGGAGCAAUGUCUGUCCCCGCCGAGGUUGUAUCAGUGCAAUCCUUAGGGUCCCAUGCCUACCCUAGAAACAUUACUGGGAAGGUUCAAAAGUCAAACUUAGAGGGUAUGGUCAAAUCAUGUUGGCAAAAGCGACAAUCAACAGCUCACAGCAAUCUAAAUCUAACAACACCACUGAAUUCCACUGACUGCCAAAAUAUCGUUACGCCAAGUAUAGGCUCACGGGUCAAUGAAGCAUUACUGUCGGCAAUGAGAGCGGAGAAGAAUAUUGAAAUAAAUCCAGCCAUUCCGAUGAUUGACUUAGGAGUCGACUCAAUCUCGUGUAUUGCAAUCCUCCACCGAGUCUACAAGGAAACGCGAACGUCGCUCCCAUCAUCACUCUUCUCCACUCAAGCAACUGUUGGUACAGCUAGCGAAUGGCUAUGCUUAAUGUCAUACUCGACAGACCCUCUAAAAUUUAAUACACUGAACGAAGACCCAUCUCACGAGUUAUGCUCCUCACAUCUUCUUCAAGGGAUCCCAAAGCCGGGGAUUCCCUCGCUGUUUCUCACACCUCCAGGAUCUGGAUAUGCCUUUGUGUAUAAGCCACUGCCCAAAUUUGCCAACAGCCUUGCAGUGUACGUCCUGACUUCCCCAUACCUCAUGACAAGUAAAGUUUCUUGGACGGUGGAAGAUGCCGCUGCGAUAUACCUGAAAACUAUUCAAAAUCUUCAAGCCCAGGGUCCUUACAUCCUCGGCGGCUAG